AUGGAUCCUAUUACAGAGCCUCAUCCAAGUUCCAGCAACUCAAACUACGCUUUUAUCACACAUUCCCAGGAGACACUUCCAAGGAAUCUGCCUCCUUCGAUUGAUAACGCGAAUCUUGCCCGUCGCCGUCGAAGGCGUACUUCGGUCCACGAUCAGGCAAUUUUGGAGGAGGAAUAUCGCAUAUGUGAUCGCCCGGACAAGACCAAACGGAAGGAGAUUUCGAGUAGGGUGCAGAUGGGUGAAAAGGAAGUGCAGAUCUGGUUCCAGAACAAGCGGCAGUCGGCGCGCCGCAAGGCCAAGCCCUUGCUUCCUCACGAAAUCAUCCCAAACACCACCACCAACAAUAGUAACAAUAAUAGCAGCCAACAAUAUUCCAGUCAGCAGGAGUAUUCGCAACAAGGAAUGAUGAUGCCGUCAUCAUCCCAGUACUCCUCUUUUGACAAUUCCCAGCAGUCACUCUCAAGGGAGGAUAUAAGACACAUGAGCACCGACGCGGAUCCCGAUGAUGAAGAUUUCGAUGACGACGAUGACAUUGGCGAAGAAGAAGCAGAAGAAGAGGAGUUGCGUCUGAGGGAAAGAAGCGCUGUAGAGUCCCCUCACCACCAUCUGCCCCAACGCCGUUACGAGCCCUCGUACUACAGUAAACGUCAGAAGCUCUCAUCACGGGACAACCAUCUUCUAGCUCUUCUUCAGCAGUCCUCGCCCCCAACUUCCUCUAUUCCCAGCCAGGAAAGCCAACAUCAACAGAACCUCUCGCUUAGUAGCAGGCACGACCAGCCAGAACCAGAAAUGACUACCUCGGCACACCAACGUCUACAGGAUGUUCUCUCAUCCAUGCAGGACAUCAUCUCCUCCUCCACCCUCGCCAAACCAACCUUCACUAAUUCGAGGCGAACCAACCCCAACCCCAACCCCACCACGCCCCAUGCCCCACCUCGCCUGCUAAAACGUACCUCAUCAAUUCGACUCUCUACCUCUCUUGAGGGCAAGGCCACUAUCGUACUCGAUGAGGAACCAGAAUCCCCACCUUCUUCGCAGCAAACACUGCCUACUCCGAAAAAGCCAUCUCCAAUUGCCAGUAGUGGCCCGCCCAGAAAGAUUGUAGAUAGUAAGAUAUGGGAAUUUUACUGCGACAACCAGGCCAUGAUUCGCUCGCCAGCUACUCACGCGAGCCUUCAGACCGCUGCGGAGGCUAAAGAGGCCCUGGGUCUCCUCCGGAGAAAAAGCAGCCAUUUAAAGCUCCCACCUCCUCUACCACCGAGCAGUCCUGUUACACACCGGAAGCAUGGAGGCAAGCUUGCCCAACCUUCUUCGCCAACGAAGGCGAAGAAGUCUCGUAAAAUCCUCUCGGCAAAGUUAUCGCGUUCGAAAGCUGUUCCAGCCGCUAAAACAUCAGGCUCAGGCAAGAAAUUGGUCGAUGGUCUCCCGUCAGAGCUGGGCCAGGAAAGCGAUAAAGAGAACCGCCCGCCUGGCGCCCCAGUCUCACCACCUCCAGAGCCAAGAAGACGUGGUGGCAAGGGUGAGGCCAAGAAAGCCCCCGCCGAGAAGCCCAGCAAGAAGAGGAAGAGGAAUGCAAUUGCAGCCGAUGAGAGGAGGAUUCUGGAAGACCACAAGACUAUUCCGAGCCAGACCUCAGCGGUUUAUGAUGUUCCGAGCUCAUCGCAGGCCAUUGACAAUUUCAGGUCUGAUGGGCCGGUUGCUGAUGAGUAUGGGAUGAUGUUGAGCCAACGGAGCUUCAGCAACUACUUCGCAUCCAGUCAGGAAUCCGGCCCAGCGGUGAUGGAUGAGAUGGAGUGUGUGGAGAACUUGCUCAGUUUAAGAGGCGGAACUUGGAGAUAG